ACGUACAGCACAGGCUGUAACCGCCUCUACAGUCACAUGAUCAGACUGAAUCCGUCUCCUCCUCCUCCAUUGGUAUCUGAGGAGCCAUCGCCAUCCUCACCCAGCCCAGUCCACAAUGACCAGUGGGACCAGGAGGCUGAUAGGGCCCGUCGUCUCAACCCUGUCCCCUAUGACCUUGAGGCCAAACUGGGAUCGAGGCGAGGCGGGUACACUGACCACCUCCAGGCCCACUUCGUCUGCCAGUAUGUCGAAGACCCCAUCCACCACGUCUGCAGCCUCUGUAACCUCGGCAACGUCUGCAGCCUCUGUAACCUCGGCAACGUCUGCAGCCUCUACAGACAGCAAAGGUGGUAAAUCCUCCCAGAAGUCCUCAGCCUCGGGUUCGGAGUCGGCUCCCAAGAAGGUGUCUAAGAAAGAGCAGAAGAGACAGGACAUGGAGAAGAUACACACCACCCUGCUCUGCAGCGUGUUUGGAGCGGAGAGAGAGUUGGCUCAAGCUGAGUUGGAUGAGCUGGACUUUGCCUUCAAGGAGUUUGACUACGACUGCGACGGCUACCUGAACUACAAGGACGUGGCAGAGUGCAUGAGGACCAUGGGCUAUAUGCCCACUGAGAUGGAGCUUCUGGAAAUAGUACAACAGAUUAAGAUGAGGAUGGGUGGUCUGAUGGACUUUGAUGACUUCUGUGAGCUAAUGGGUCCCAGGAUAAUGGGGGAGACUGUUGACAUGCUGGGGCUGAAGGAGCUCAGAUCAGCCUUCUCUCAGUUUGACCAAGACUGUGAUGGGAAAAUCAGUCAGGAUGAGAUGAAGGAAGCGGUGAAGUGUUUUCUGGGGGAGAAACUGAAGAAAGGAGAGCUGGAAGAUAUCCUCAAGGAGAUUGACAUCAAUGGAGAUGGAAGCGUCGACUUUGAUGAGUUCGUCAUGAUUCUGUCCAUUCGAUAAGCGCUGGAAGACCUGAGAGGACGCUAUAUCGUUUUAAUGAAUCUUGUUAGACUAAGACGAGAUAACAUUGCAUGUGUGCAUCUGUGUGUACUACUACACAUGUACUACCGUUUAAAAGUUUGGGGUCACUUAGAAAUGUACUUGUUUUUGAAAGAAAAGCAUU